AUGAUAUUGGAUAACCUUCCAUCAUUGUUAUACAAACAGAUCAUGGCAUUGGUGGAUGCUGAUGAUAUAGUUUGUUUAUCGUUGACAUGCAAGAGAAUAUUUGGUGAUAACUAUGAUGGUGUGAUUACAACCAAUACUCUGCCAUCUUCAUUGUUGGAGUUGAGGUUUGGUGCAUUGUACAAUCAGGGUGAGGGUGUUGUGAUCAAGAGAGGACAAGAGGAGGAACAUGACAAGAGAAAGUACAAGGCAUGGUUUGGAAGUAUCAUUGACAAGAUAUUGACACCAAAGGAUGAACCACCCCCCAAGACGACACCAUUGGUCUUACCGCCAUCACUCACCAAGUUAACAUUUGGAAAGUCCUUUGAUCAACAUUUGGAUCCUGGUGUGCUUCCAAUCUCUUUGACAGAGCUAACCUUUGGUACGUCAUUCAAUCAAUCUUUGGAUGAUGGUACACUUCCACGAAUGUUGAAUACACUUAUCUUUGGCGCCAACUAUAAUCAACCAUUCUUCAAUGAUGACAUAUUGCCACCAACUCUUACAAAGCUUCAUUUUGGUUCAAACUUUGAUCAACAUAUCCCUAUACUACCAGUGUCACUGUUGGAACUUGUCUUUGGAUUCAGAUUCAAUCAUCCAAUCAUGAAGAAACCACUCCCCGGCUCAAUCACAAGGUUGGUCUUUGGAUACUACUUUGAUCAACCAAUGAACAAUUACACACUACCUACCUCGCUCACUGAGCUAUCAUUUGCAUAUGAUGAGACUGCCCCUGUCAACAGAUCUACACUUUCACCAGAGUUGAUGGACACCUUACUACCUGGCGAACUACCCAAUCCAUUGGCAGUGACAGCGUUUGCUGGCAAGUUCCAACACAUCAUUCAAAAAGAUGUACUCCCCAAGAACUUGAAGGUACUUCACCUUGGACGAGAGUUUGAUCAAGAGAUGAAGGUAAAGACAUCAAUAUUCCCACCGACUCUGGUUGAGAUAAAGUUUGGAAGAGAGUUCAAUCAGUGUCUAGACAUUGGAAUUUUUCCAAGGACACUAAAGAGACUCACAUUUGGAUACAUGUACAACAAGAUAAUCGUACCAGGGGUGCUACCUGAAGCCCUGGAGCAUCUGGAGCUUGGACACUCAUUCAAUGAAACAUUAAGAAUCGGUGUCCUACCAACGAAUCUUCAGUACCUCACAUUUGGACGCAACUUCAAUCAAUUGAUAAACCAACAAGUUAUUCCCAGAGGUUUGUUGAAGCUUACAUUUGGCCAUAUGUUCAAUCAAGAAUUGAAACCAGAGUGUCUUCCACCGACCCUGCUUGAACUCAAGUUUGGCGCCAACUAUACAACAAAUCUCCAUCCUAACUCCUUGCCAUCAUCACUCAAGACUCUAAUGGUGGCUUCCAAACAUGCACUGGACGCAUUGCCCUAUCCACCAAACUUAAAGACAGUGAUCUUUGGCGAUUAUUCCAAACAUACAUGGCAUGAAUAUUAUGAUCUACCAGGCACUGUUAAUGAGUUGAUCAUUCACAAACUUGAAUUAACGAAUCCAAAUGAAGUUGUCAUCCUACCCCAGUCAAUCAGUAGGUUGACGUUGGUCUACGAUAUAGUCCGACAUGGUAUGGCGGCACUGGUCGAGAGCAUACUCAUGAACAAUCCAUCAGUAAACUACCUCAGGAUGCGACUGGCGACCAAGUUGUACCAUGUCAGACUACUGGAUCGCAAUCACCACUCUGUGCUACUUUGGGAGAACAGCAUGUUGAGUGAACCUGCCAAAUUCACCUCGCUGUCCACAGUGCUCUCUCGUCUGUGUCACACCAAUCCAUAUAAGCAAACAGGGAUAUAUUAA